CGUUCGUUCCGGGAAGGCCAACGAUCACGGUCUCUUCUGCAUCCGCUCUUAAUUUAUAGCGUCCUUCCAUUUUCUUCUGUUCUCUCUCUUCAUAUUCUUCUACUCUUCUCCCCCCUUCUCCUCAGCAUUCCACCGCCGCCCGGCAACAAUGGGAGAGGCGGGACAUGAGGCGGCGGUGGAGCAAUUCCGGGUGUCGGUGGUCGGAAGCGGCAAUUGGGGAAGCGUCGCCGCCAAGCUCGUCGCCUCGAACACCAUCGGACAUCCAUUCUUUCACGAUGAAGUGAGGAUGUGGGUGUUCGAGGAGGUGCUGCCCUGCGGCGAGAAACUCAGCGACGCCAUUAAUAGGACUAAUGAGAAUGUCAAGUACCUAAAUGGUGUAAAGCUUGGGAAGAAUGUUGUGGCUGAUCCUGACCUCGAGAAUGCCGUGCGGGAGGCAAACAUGCUGGUUUUUGUGACUCCACACCAGUUCAUGGAGGGAAUAUGCAAGAGGCUGGGGGGAAAGAUAAGGUCUGAUGCCGAGGGGAUAUCUCUUAUUAAAGGCAUGGAAGUAAAAAAAGAAGGGCCAUGCAUGAUCUCUAAGCUCAUAACAGAUAUGCUUGGCAUCAAUUGUUGCGUUCUCAUGGGUGCUAACAUUGCUAAUGAGAUAGCUUUUGAAAAGUUCAGCGAAGCAACUAUAGGCUAUAAACACAGCAAAGAAGUUGCACAGAGAUGGGCGAAGUUGUUCAGCCAAUCAUACUUCCUAGUCUCUGCAGUGCAAGACAUAGAAGGAGUCGAGUUAUGUGGUACACUAAAGAAUGUGGUUGCCAUUGCAGCAGGUCUUGUUGAUGGCUUGGACAUGGGAAAUAACACCAAGGCAGCAAUCAUGAGGAUUGGCCUGCGAGAGAUGCGAGCAUUAUCCAAACGAUUAUUCUCAUCAGUCAAAGACAGCACCUUCUUUGAGAGUUGUGGUGUAGCUGAUGUCAUUACAACAUGCCUUGGAGGAAGGAACAGGAGAGUUGCUGAAGCAUUUGCAAGGACCGGUGGUAAAAAAUCUUUUAAUGAGUUAGAAGAAGAACUAUUGCAAGGGCAAAAAUUGCAGUUGUACAGCAGGAAACAUCCAGUAGGUAUAAACUGCAGAAUUUGCAUGCACUCCAAACAUUCAAAACAGCUUUUCAAGUUUAUGACAACAGCAUAUAGUUUCAGACAAGUUUUAGAUAAGCAGACUAGGUUACAUCCUAUGUUUAAAAGGUGAUUUAUUACACAUACAGUGAAGCUUCUAAUGCCAUUCUCAACCAUCGAAAUUUAACCUUCCAAUAACGUUAUUUUGAAGGGUGUUUCAACCGCAAAAGAAGUAUAUGACGUUUUAAGUCACCGGGGAUGGCAAGGCUUAUUUCCACUUCUGA